AUGAGCUGUGCUUUGAGGGAUUGGUUGUGGAAAAUCUGGUUGGAUUGGGGAUUGGUUGUUGAGAUCCUUGCUGGUACUCCAUUCAUGGAAGCUAAUGACAUAUCCGUCAGACCUGCUCGAUGCACAGUUCUUAUUUGUGACACUUCCUACACAUAUGGGUCAAACGAAACCAAGUCACCAGCUGUACGAUGUGCUGUUGUUCUCAGAGCUCCUUCAACCUCUACCACUAUUUGGCCUGGUGAAUUUAUUGAAAUAGCAGUGCCGGAUGGUAUCCCCGACAACGUGUAUGCUCUUGAACCUCGCACUGCUGCCCCAAGUGCUCAAUUUGCCAAAGUAUCACAGUGUUGCUGGCAUGAAACGCAUUCCAAACCUCUCAGACCAGCCAUUAGCUUUGAAGCGCAAUGGGCACUUUUGUCAACUAAACUCUGUUUUUAA